UUUCUCUCUCUGAUCAUUCAAAUAUUUCAUUCUUCAAUCCCAAGUUUCAAACUCAAUUCCCUAUACUCUCUCUCCUUCUUCUCCACCACAGUGUUCGCAGUAUUACUUCCACUCCUUCACAAUACAGCAACAUGGCUUCUUCUGCUGGCACUGCACCUUCCAGUAGUUGGAUCAACACUAAACUUUCCUCCUCCUCCUCUUCUUCUUUGCCAUUCAAGGACCUGGCCUCUGUUUCCUUGAAGAGAUCAUCGUCUCGAAACGGAAAGCCUACUAUAUCGUGUUCCCUCCAAACUCUGCCUUUUCCCAAGAAGUAUCACUCUCCGGCAAAAACCACCACACCCGCCAAAGAAACAUCUCAAAAACCGGCUCUUGACUACGAUAUUGAUCAGCCCGUGCCACAAAAAUGGAAUCUUUUCCAGAAAGUGGCGUCUGUGGCGUUGGACACAGUCGAGAACGCCUUGAUUUCUCACGAGCGUCAGCACCCACUUCCUAAAACGGCCGACCCACGGGUCCAAAUCGCCGGAAACUUCGCUCCGGUGCCGGAGCAGCCCGUCCAGCACUCUCUCCCGGUCACCGGGAAGAUCCCCAAAUGCAUUCGGGGGUUAUACGUGCGAAACGGAGCGAACCCACUGUACGAGCCUGUUGCCGGGCACCACUUGUUCGACGGCGACGGCAUGGUCCACGCCGUCCAAUUCAAGGAAAACGGCUCCGUCAGCUAUGCUUGCAGGUUCACCGAAACCAACCGUUUCGUCCAAGAAAAGUCCUUGGGGCGUCCUGUUUUCCCUAAAGCCAUCGGCGAACUUCACGGCCAUUUGGGAAUAGCACGCCUUUUACUGUUCUACGCUCGCGGCCUGUUUGGGCUUGUCGACGGAAGUAAUGGAAUGGGAGUGGCGAACGCCGGUUUAGUGUAUUUCAACAAUCGCCUUCUCGCCAUGUCCGAAGACGAUUUGCCUUACCAGGUGAAGAUCAAGCCCAGUGGGGAUCUCAAGACAGUUGGUCGUUACGAUUUCUCGGGUCAGCUCAAAUCCACAAUGAUCGCUCAUCCCAAAGUCGACCCUGUUUCCGGCGAUCUUUUCGCUCUCAGCUAUGAUGUAAUUCAGAAGCCUUACUUGAAGUACUUCCGAUUCUCUCCGGAAGGAAAGAAGUCUCCUGACGUUGAGAUUCCUGUUUCUGAGCCCACUAUGAUGCAUGAUUUUGCGAUUACGGAGAAUUUCGUGGUGGUGCCAGAUCAGCAGGUGGUGUUCAAGCUGUCGGAGAUGAUACGAGGUGGUUCUCCGGUGAUAUACGACAAGAACAAGAUGUCUCGCUUCGGGAUUCUUGAUAAGAAUGCCAAUGAUGCUUCUGGGAUCAGAUGGAUUGAAGCUCCUGACUGUUUCUGCUUCCAUCUCUGGAAUGCUUGGGAGGAGCCAGAGACCGACGAGGUUGUCGUGAUCGGGUCUUGCAUGACUCCGGCAGACUCCAUUUUCAAUGAAUGCGAGGAGAAUCUGAAGAGCGUUCUAUCUGAAAUUAGAUUGAACUUGAAAACAGGCAAAUCAACUCGCCGACCCAUUCUUUCAGAACAGAUGAAUCUCGAAGCUGGAAUGGUGAACAGGAACAAGCUCGGAAGGAAGACAAAGUUCGCAUAUUUGGCUCUUGCAGAGCCAUGGCCCAAAGUUUCAGGCUUUGCAAAAGUGGACCUAUCCACCGGAGAGGUGAAGAAGCAUAUCUAUGGCGACAAAAGGUUUGGUGGCGAGCCUCUGUUUUUACCCAGAGACCCAAAUUCCGAGAGAGAAGACGAUGGCUAUAUCUUAGCAUUUGUACAUGAUGAGAAGGAAUGGAAGUCAGAGCUGCAGAUUGUGAAUGCCAUGAAUUUGAAGCUUGAAGCUUCCAUUAAGCUUCCUUCCAGGGUUCCCUAUGGCUUCCAUGGAACCUUCAUACAUUCGAAGGAUUUGCAGAAGCAAGCUUGAAGGUUGAAACUUCAACUUGUUCAUCUUCAUCUUCAUAUAGCUUAAUAGUGUGCGAGAAGUUGAGAUUUUUCCUGAGGGAUGCUUGCAGAUAUGUCCCCGGAAUCUCCUUCCCUGUUUUCAGAACCUUCUUUUUUUUUUUUUUUAAAAAUUUUUUUGGUGUUUGAUUUGGAGUGAGAGGUUUUGGGGGGACCAGCUCGUAGCUUUUGGGUGUAGUUAGCAAUGAAGCUCAGCUGGUUUCUGCUUAUUCUUUCACUUGUGGGGAAAAAUAGUACAAAAAUUUACAGCAUAUACGAUGUGAUAUACUCUGUUUAUUAUCUUCCACGUUCAUCUCUGUAAAUUUUCAGUUGUGUAUACAAGAAAUAAUAUUCCUUCUUCCUCUA